AUGGUGCGAACGUAUCAAUGGAACCCGUCAACACAAUCACGCAGACUGUUCCCAGGAAACAAUGACGAUGAUGGACAACAUUCAACUGGCCGCAGUUUCUCGUCCGUUCCAUCAAAUUUAAAUCAGCACAUUCCAAACUUCGAAUUAAAUCAUGGGAACGGUCAGCUAGCAACAACAACAGCAACAACAACGUCGCUGAUGUCAACAAGCUUGCCAAAGAACGUUGUGCAGAAUGUUCAAGUGGAGGAAAGCUUCCUUGCCGGCUACAAGCACCACCAGCCUCCGAUCGCUGAACCAUGGUUAUUGCACCAGAACAAUUUACUUCCCGCACAAGUUCCAGGAGAAGGAGCAACCAACCAACAGCAUCAACCCUAUAAGCUAGCAGCCAUCGGACUCUCUUACUUCCCAUGUCCACCUCAGCAUCAGUUCAUAUGCGGUCAAAGCACCGCACCAGUUAGGCCACUUGGCAGUUGGCAACUUAGGCCUGUACAAAUUGGCGACAAAAUUUACUAUGAACCAAUGGAGAGCAGUCACAGCGUUCCAGCUGUAGCUGCUUCUACGAGUUCAGUUGCUUUCCCGAAUAAUCUGCUGUUUCAAAAUGAUUGCUUCUCAGGUUUGUCAGAUGCUGCUGUCUCGCUGCGCAUCAUCAACGACAAUCCACAAAAUGGAAAGCAAGUGAUGCACACUGUCGUUCCUGAUGUCCAACAGUUCAGACCUAUUGACAUCUCUCGCUCGAUAGACGUGCCUUGGGCGCGUAACAAUUUGCAGCCGAAGAGUGAUAAUUAUAGCGCUAGUUCUAGGCAAACGGGCACAAUCGUUCCGCUGGAAAAUAUUCCCGUUAACGAAGCGACUUACUCCAGCUCCAUCAUUUCUCAUUCGCAGCUGAAGCCGCAGCAUCCAACUUCUACAAGCAACCAACCUCGUGCUACUUUAUACCAGCAACACGCUAUUCAGAAUGCAAGUACAUCGUCUUCAGGACGCCAUAUGCCCAAAGCUUCUACUGCAGCUACUGAUCCGGCGGAGCAAUACAAACGUGAAUUGCAACUACAAAUUGAACAAAAUAGGCGCCGUAAAGAGGAAGAACGUCAACGUGAACUGGAGAUUGAGCGGAAGGAAAUGGAGAAGUAA